CUGGAGGGGCACCUUGCUUGUUGUAGAUUAGCGCGGACCCUAGCGGGACAGUGGGUCGUGCUUUCCCGCGGCGAAAUCGUGGAAACUUUUUUGGAUUCUUCUGCACAUCAUCGGUCCAGCGCCAACGUAGCCAACGACAACAAAAAUGGCCAAGAAGAGGAAGGCUGGUGGUAGCGCAUAUGGCGACUCCAAGGCGCCUAAAGAGGACGAUUCAAAACUCGCCAUCAACUCGUGGGAAGAUGUUGCCGAUUCGGAAGAUGAGUUCCUCUUAAAUCGCGAAAAGGUCCUGCUCGAUGAAGGGCCGGCGGCAAAGAGACUGAGAAAGUAUCAGGAGGAGGACAAAUUCCUCGACAACUCCGAAGAGGAGAUCCUGGGCGACAAUCUCAGUGACAGCGACGAAGACGACGAGGACGAAGACGAGGCCAGCGAUGCUGCCGAAUCAGAUGACCAGGCGCCAGAAGAUGAGGACGAAGAAAUGGACGAGGCUUGGGGUGCCUCGAGAAAAGAUUACUACAAUGCCGAUGCGAUUGAGACCGAACAGGACGCUCUUGACGAAGAGAAGGAAGCACGCAGAUUGCAGAAAAAGCAGCUUCAGAGCAUGUCAGAAGCAGCCUUUGGCUUUGAUGAGGACGAGUGGCUCGGCCAGAACGAAGAGGAGGAUGCAGAGGGCGGCGCAAGAGUUACAGAGGUGUUGCCUCAACUGCAGAUCACGGACAGCAUGUCUGAGGAAGAACGACUCAAGAUUAUGAAGACACGAUACCCAGAGUUCGAGCACAUUUCGAGAGAAUAUCUGCGCCUGCAACCGCUGCACGAUGAAUUGGCCGCAGCCGCUAACGCCGCCGAACGCCUACUCAAGUCCCGCGCUACCAAAUCGAGCAAGAGCACACAGACAACUCCUAUCGCCGUCACGAAGUACCGAGCUUGCGCCGCAUACCUCGCCGCUAUGGCCAUGUACUUCGCCAUUUUGGGGUCAACUGCGAAAGAGGACGGCUCGUCAGUCAUCGCGAUGGAUCCAAAGGAGCUGCAUGAACACCCUGUCAUGGAAAGCCUGCUGAAGACACAGAUGUUGUGGACAAAGAUCGAGAGCUUACCAGUUGCCGAUCCCAUGGUUGAAACGGACGCCGAUGAACUAUCAGUCAUUGACGAGGCCAGCGCUCUGUCGGGCGCAGAACUCGAGCAGGCACCCAAGAAGAAGGCACAGAAGCAGAAGAAGACCAAAGCAGAACGCGCAGCAGAGACGGCUCGUGCUGAGGCAAAGGCUCGCCGCGCCGAGAAGCUGCUGCAGACUGAGCAAGAUCUUGGAUCGCUUUCGGCACUCACAGACAAGGCUGCCCUCAAAAAGGCGUCGAAGAAGAAGAAGGCACCGGAGGGCAAGAUUAACCUGCUCAACCCUGACGAUUCAGACUUUGGCGAAGAGACCGACCUUACUGCACACGAGUUGGCUGAGAAGGCACGCAAGAAGAAGUCAUUGCGCUUCUACACAUCACAGAUCGCUCAAAAGGCCAACAAGCGCGACGCUGCCGGCAAAGAUUACGGUGGCGACGCAGACGUUCCGCAUCGCGAGCGUCUCAAGGAUAGACAAGCGCGCCUGCAGGCGGAGGCCGAGAAGCGCGGUCAGCACAAGGACAACGGCCCUGGUGUUGCCCUUGGCGAGGGUCCAGAGAGCUCCGGCGACGAAGCGGAGCCCUUCCGCCCAGAGGAUAACGACUUCGAAGACGAGGAUGGCUACUACGACAUGGUCGCAGCACGCAGCAACUCGAAGAAGCAAGAUAAGACUGAUCGCGCUGCUGCAUAUGCGGAAGCUGCCAAACAGGGUGCUCAGGUUAUUGAAGAGGAGACCUUUGGCGAUGACGGGCGCAGGCAAAUCACUUACCAGAUUUCGAAGAACAAGGGUCUUACACCGCAUCGCAAGAAGAGCGUCAGAAAUCCGCGUGUCAAGAAGAAGGAGAAGUACAAGGAGAAGCUCAAGAAGGAGAAGAGCAUGCGGCCGGUCUUCGAUAAGGCCAAGGCUGCGUCAGGGCAUGCGAACUACGGAGGUGAACUUACGGGUAUUAAGAAGGGUAUGGUCAGGAGUAGAAAGUUGUAGUUUCAUGCAUAUAGAUGUUGUUCAAGAAUAUCAUACCCGAGAUGAGUCUCAUUCACAGAUACUUAA